UAGUAUCAACACAACUUUAACGGUUUGUCGCGGUGAUUUUAUUAUAAGUGCCUACGACAUUAACAAGGAAUAUACCACACCAUGUCCAGGGAGCAUUGGAUGCGGGAUCUACCCGCGGAAUUGCGUGGUCUUUCGAUCAUUAAUUUGGCCAUUCCAGGUUCCCACAACUCGAUGACUUAUGGCAUAAAUAGUAAGUCCAAACUAUCGCCAGAUGCGGAAACAUCCGUGAAACGAUGGCAUCGCUUCUUUCCCUGCUUCGUGCGACGCUGGAGCAAGACCCAAUCCUCCGGGACAUUAGAGCAACUGCAACUGGGAGUGCGGUACUUUGAUCUGAGGAUAGCUCAGAAGGAUGACAAGUUCUACUACUGCCACGGCCUGUUUGCUAUGGAGAUUUUUGAGCCCCUCUUGGAAAUUCGCCAUUUUGUGGACUCCCAUCCCGAGGAGGUGGUCAUUCUGGAUAUGCAGCACUUUUACGCCUUGACAGUGACUCAUCACCAGCAAUUGCACAAGGAUCUGAUACAGUUCUUCGGCCAUCGUCUGUACUCCACUGCAGAUGGUUCUCUCAAUGAUUGCACCUUGAAUAGAUGUUUGGAGAUGCAACGUAACUUGGUAAUCAUCUAUAGGAGGUGCCCCAUUCCGCUGCCCCUGAGAUUCUGGCCCAGUUAUUCUUGGCCCACACCGUGGCCGAAUAAAGCGAGUGUCAAGAAGCUGCAAUCCUUCCUAGAGGACUCGUUGCUGUCGCGACAACCACAGCAGGGAUAUGUCUCUCAGUGCCUCAUCACGCCAACAGGUCGCUAUAUUGCCCUUCGGGUCUUCUUCACCCUAAAGAGUACAGCCAAGCGGGUGGACAAGAAGCUGCAGCCCUGGAUUCAGGAGCAGAUCCCGGGUCCCUUCGAGCCGACUGAGGAGCCCAAAGUCAAUGUUUUCCUUGCCGAUUUCGUAAACCUCAAGGAGGGACAGUUCUGCCACUGGGUACUGGAACUCAACACAAAGUUGCAGGAGCGAAUGGCUGAUCCGGACCAGAAAUCUACUUGAAAAUGGGCCGAGGGAGGGUCCAUGGAUUGGUUUCUUGACCUUGAAGUCAAGUAGCAAGAGCGAAGAACCUGAAUCAGGAUAUGGAGUUAGAUAUAUCAGAUCGCAGCCAAUUUUUUGUUUUUUUAAACCCAUUUAUUUUGAAAGAACUCAGUUUUUUACGCACGAGUAUGUGGAUACUAAAAUCAAAUAUUUAAUAUGAAGAGCAAACUAUAUCUCAAAGAUAUAUCUUUUGAUACAAAUUGAAAAAUCGUGAUAAACUUUUGUAGAGGCAAUUGGUAUAUAAACCGGUUAUAUUGAAGAUAAAUUUACCUCAAAUGUCUAUAAAAAACAACCAUGUACAAAUAUUUUUCAAAAUGUAAUUUAAGUUAACAGUGAUUUAUUUAAAAGCUAAUGCCGGAUAAGAUGCUU